AUCAAGUACUUGCCACAACGGACGGCACGGUACAACGGAUGGCAUGGUACUAAUUAAGUACUUGCCAAUGCAGCGCCUUCUUAAUUGACAGUUAUAUAUGCUGUUUGCCCGAUUUAAUUUUCCAGAAAAUGCAUCAUGUCGUCCUCAGCCCCCACCCUUACUCAGGUUGAAGCUGUGGAUAUUGUCUUCACUCUUGUGGCGAUCAUUGCCACAUCCUUCCGCUUGUAUGUUCGUGUGCGGCAAGGACGUCUGUGGAUCGAUGAUGCAUGGGCGACCCUUGGUAUGAUAUUCAACUUCACCCUGUUAGUCGCCCUUUGUUUGUAUCUGCAAGAUUACAAAAAAUACCCUCAGGGCACGAGGGUAGCAUUGUACUACAUAGCUGCUCAAUGCUUCUACGCAGUUGUAUGGUCAUCAAGGAUAUCUAUAUUGUUCACCAUCGUGCGACUCACUGUCCCGGGAACCUUUAUGAGAAGGGUUCUUAUGUGCACUGCCAUUAUCUUCGGCAUUGUAUGGGCUCUACUUUUUUCACAACUGUGGUGGAUUUGUGAAUCUGAACCCGGCUGGAAAACUCAACCACAUCCGCAGUGCAAUCUCGGCAGGAAUGUUGCCAUAACACAGAUGAUUACCGACGUUCUAGGGGACUCUGUUCUUAUCAUGGCUCCAUUUUGCCUCAUCUACAAAGUCAGAUUGUCAAGGGCGCAAAAAGUCCGGGUAUCAUCUGUCUUCUCUGCAUCAGCAAUCACCACAGCUGUUAGUCUCACCCAUGCAUACUACAUCUUCUCUGGUGGAGGGCUAAAGGUGAUUAUGACUGCGAUAGUUGAGGCUUCUGUAUCUCUAAUCGUCGCAAACUUGAGCGUCGUCGUCGCGUUCUUAUGCCGUUUAAGCACAGAAGAUGAUGCACCGGCCUCUCCGCCGGCGGCACCCAUCAUAACUUUUGGAUCACAGCCUGCUAGGAAGCGCGUUCGUGACCCUCUUGCUACGACUUUUACAGGUGCCGAGAUCGCUACGAUUGUACUGGAGGAUCAAUAUGAGACUCGUCCCCGUUCGCUGAAGACAAGCGAUGCGGACGAAAUUACUUUAAACAACAGGGAGGUAAAGCAGACGAGCGAAUUGUGUUAGAACGCAAACAACGUUGUCUAUCAUGUGGCUAGUUCGCUCUACGCACAUAAUUAUAAUACAG